AUGAUUAUGAAUGCCAUGCAAGCCUGCUCUGACCCCCUUCCCUCUCACUCAAUCAUUCAGCUCACUCUUUCUAGAUGGCCCCUUUCCCGCCGUUGACGGUGGCAGCUUUCCUCAUCGCCUUCUUCCUCUCCGAAAUCGCGGCCGCGCAAUUCGUUCAAAACUCAACCGGAAGUUACAAUCUCCACCUUCCAACGCCGUACCAGUCUCUCUGCGCCUCUCUCAUUCAGCCUGCCGGUUACCUUUGCUCCGAGCACAAAAUUCAGACUAGGGAUGGCUACUUUUUGGGUCUUCAACGCGUUUGGGCUCCGAAUGCGGAUUUGAGAGCUCAGCCGGGUCCGCCGGUGCUGCUUCAGCAUGGACUCUUCAUGGCAGGUGAUGCAUGGUUUUUAAAUUCUCCUGAACAAUCACUGGGCUUCAUCCUUGCAGAUGAAGGCUUCGAUGUCUGGGUAGGAAACGUGCGUGGAACGCGUUGGAGUCAAGGGCACAUAUCUUUUUCAGAAGAGGAUAAGGAAUAUUGGGAUUGGAGUUGGCAGGAAUUGGCUCUUUAUGAUCUUUCAGAGAUGAUUCAUCACAUAUAUUCGCUAACAAACUCCAAGGUUUUUAUUGUUGGACAUUCACAGGGAACAAUCAUGUCGUUAGCUGCUUUCACCCAGCCAGAUAUAGCAGAGAUGGUUGAAGCUGCCGCUCUUCUCUGCCCAAUAUCAUACUUGGACCAUAUCAGCACUCAAUUUGUACACAGAAUGGUUGACGUGCAUCUCGAUCAGAUGAUUCUUGCUAUGGGGAUCCAUCAACUUAACUUUAGAAGUGAUUGGGGGAUUAACCUUCUAAAUUCAAUAUGUGAUGGCCAUGUUGACUGCAAUGACUUGUUAACCUCCAUAACAGGGAAGAAUUGUUGCUUCAAUAACUCACGUGUGGACUUCUAUCUUGACUAUGAACCCCACCCAUCAUCUGCAAAGAACUUUCACCAUCUCUUCCAAAUGAUUCGGAAGGGUACAUUUUCAAAGUAUGACUAUGGCAUCUUGAAGAAUCUGGUCGAGUACGGUCAGUUGAAACCCCCUCCAUUUGAUCUUAGUCUCAUACCCAAGUCAUUGCCACUGUUGAUGGCUUAUGGAGGCAACGAUGCUCUAGCAGAUGUGGAAGAUUUCCAGCACACCCUCAAGGAAUUGCAGUCUACUCCACAGUUGGUUUAUCUUGAAAACUAUGGUCACGUCGACUUCAUUGUCAGCACAACAGCAAAGGAAGAUUUUUAUGAUCAGAUGAUUUGGUUUUUUAGGUCAUGGGGAAAAUCUAGUAGUUCUUAAACUGACUGCUUUUGGUUUAUGAAUGGACUGCACUUAAGUUUUUCAUGUGCAUAUCUUGUAAAGUACAUUGAUUUGUCUUUCCACUGGUGUGAUUCUGAUGAAUUAGAAAGUUUGUAGGAUCAGGUAGAAUUUAUAGAGAUAUAUGUACAUAUACUUUUCUGUAUCGUAAUUGGUUUUGCUUUCUGAUUUGGCUGUAAAGCAGACGAGGGAGAAGAUGAGAAAAUUUCUCACUUCUGGCUUCAAGAUGGACUCAUGCACCUGCUAUUGGAGAAGUUCCAUGGUUGCCUCCAGCCUCCAACAGAGAAGUGGAAGAUUGUUGCAAAGAUUGCUCAUGUUCUUGGCCCCAGCUGUUGCUACUUGUAAAUUGUAUCAUAUAAGUGGCAUCCUCGGAUUAUAAUCAAGAAUGUGCGUUGUCAAGUGUAACUUUAGAAUUUUGUGAUUCAGAUUCCGUGAUUGCAAAUUCUCUGGCCAUCACAGUCUCCAGUCUUUACC